AUGCCUCCCACUAAAAGCAUUACGCCAUCUUGCAAUGGACAGUUCAAUACAACAGAUACUCCUCCGAGCAGCCCUGUUCUGGAAGAUGUUCAUGGUCUCAUAUCGACUCGUUCGAAAAGUUCAGAUGGCACCACCGCCAUUCAGCUUUUGCAGAAAAUACUUGCUGCUGUGAGAGACGAGUCCACCUCAUCGUUGGAGGAAAAAUCUCCUAUCAAAUCAGAUGAUACCGACGACCAGGAAUCAAAACUCCGUUCUAAGGUGAUCGACGAGGUGCCUGAAAGUACCAUCUCUCUGGUGUCGAAUGAUACCAGAUCUAGCUCAGCUGGACUGCGUGCUUCUAAAUUGGACUACAAGAAAGUUAACGAGGUCUGGGACAAGAAAGCGUACAGCUACAAGCUUGCUGAGCCGCUCCCUUCCAUGGACGUCGACGAACUCGACCAGUACAUAUUCGUGGUUCGUGAGAGGACUGACAGGAAGACGCUAGCCGCAGUGUCUUACAUUGAUGUGAAGUCCAUUAAGCUUCGCGGAAUGCUAAGGACGAUCUUGAAAGACGUCCGAAGCAUCUGUCUCCAAGAAGACAAGCCUUCUAUCGAGGCGAACCUGCUGUACAGCUUCCUCCCUGAGAUGAAGACGCUUGCGUACAGCACUGGCUCAGAUGGUGCUAUAAUCAGACAAGCCGAACAUUCCAAAAUUCUAUUCGAAUUCCUUGAGUCUACUUAUGCGCGGACGUCUCAACGCCUCGGUUCACUUCUUCGCAGCAAUGAAAUCACAUACGAUCUGCUUUGGGCCCUCUUCAAGCCGAAUACAGAGAUCUAUACGACCUGCGCUGGCACGGACGAGCCCAUGUGUGUCACGGUGAAUCAUAGUGAGGAGAAGGAAAUGCCGAACGGAACCAAAUACUUUCAUGUCGAAUGCCGCCAUUUCGAUUACGAUGGGAAGAUAUUCGGAGAAGCGACUGUGGAACUCGCCGUUGAGAAGUUCCGCGGGUCGAAACGGAUCGAGCUCCUUCCAGCGUUUCCUCUGCAAUAUCAUCAACACUCAGCAGAUGUCAGCAAACAGCUCAUCGACUGCGGCCGGCGAUUUUUGACCUUGGUGGGAACAGCACACCACAAACACUAUGAGGGUUACGCAUUCAGGAAAGACGACAAGGGACGCCUCAUUAGAACAUUCAUCAAAAGCCGAAUCAUGGUGGAUGCGUCAUACUUCCAUCGCAUCAAUCCAAAUUACGGGAAACCCCAGGUCGAUGAGCACCAAAUGCAUGAAUGGGGCGGCGUGGUUCUCGUACGCCCGGACGAGAAGAAGGCUGACGUGAGGAAUGCAAACGUGGAAUCGGGCGACUUGAAAGACGCGGAGUUGUUGACGUGCUGCCCGACUGUUCCAGGAUUCAGUUUGGAAGACAAACAGUGGUUCGAGUUUGCUGUUGCCAAAAUCAGCGACAUAGACUGGGAGCCCUCUUCAUUUGACGCUCUCUCCAUUCCUGCUAAGCAGAAAAAGCUCAUUCAAGCUCUUAGCAAGUCCUAUCUCCAUCGGGACUCUAAGAGCAGCUUUGACGACUUCAUAUCUGGAAAAGGGCAAGGACUCAACAUACUGCUGCAUCUUGCUGAUGCGCCAAACAGUGGGCCCCCCGGGGUCGGCAAAACACUGACCGCUGAAGCCAUGUCUGAGUAUCUUCGAAGACCGCUUUACGUGAUAUCUGCUGGAGAGCUAGGAACCGACAUCAAGGAGCUUGAGGCCAAGCUGUCUCGGAUCUUUAAGACAGCGAGACACUGGAAGGCGACUCUUCUCCUAGAUGAGGCGGACGUGUUCGUCGAGCAGCGUGCUAAUAGCGAUAUCUACCGCAAUGCUCUAGUCUGCGUGUUCUUGCGCAAGCUUGAGUAUUACGACGGAAUCCUGUUUCUCACGACUAAUCGAGUGACAACGAUUGAUGAAGCGAUUGCUAGUAGAAUACACCUCGCACUGCGGUAUCACGCGCUAAACGAAAGAGGGCGGAAAUCUGUAUGGAAUAACUUCCUAAGGAGAGCAAGCACGACACAGGGUCGUUCCGACUGCGGCCCAGAAGAACUCACUAUUCUGGCAAAGGCGGUUCUAAAUGGGCGAGAGAUCAAGAAUACGGUGUCCUUGGCUCAGGCUUUGGCGGAAUCCGAAGGCUGUCGAGUGUCUUUGUCACACCUCGAAGAGGCUAUCGAAUCGAACAAGCACUUCCAGACCGACUUCCGUGGAGCAGGCCAGAUUGAAAACAUGCAUUCUUAUACGUAG